AUGCGAACACUCGAUCGUUUAUAUACAAAACAUUGGCAAAAGAAAUUAAAUGAACUCGGACAAUCAUUUCAAGUUUCUCUCUAUCGAAAUCAACAUUCGAACAAUUAUCGACCAUCAUCAGCUAUGAGCGCUCGAUCUUUAUCGAAUAAAUCUCUUCCUGGUCAAUUUGUGAAACAAAAUGACAAUGUUUUUAUCAUGUCAAAUACUUCAACAUUCGUGCCGAUCAAGGAAAAAUCGCAAGAGACUGCAGUAUCCGAGAAGCCCACUGAAUUACAUAAUUAA